GCGAUACGCGCAGGCGCAAUGGAAAUGCAUAAAGUCAAUCUUACUGUGCAGUAGUUUCGUUAUCCUUGGAACAUGAGCAAUAUAUUAGCUUUUUGCGCGGUAACAGUAUCCCUGUUUUCUGUUGAGGUGCUGCAUGGCCUGCCAUACAGCUAUUUUCAGUCAAGAAAACAUCAUGGAUUCAAGACAGAGCCCCAGUUCAAAGAGAAGUAUUUCAGUCAGACUCUGGACCACUUCAACUUUAACAGCAUGGGGAACGGGACAUUCAACCAGCGUUACCUGAUCACAGAUCAGUACUGGAAGAAGGGCUAUGGUCCUAUUUUCUUCUACACUGGCAAUGAGGGAGACAUCUGGGAGUUUGCACUCAACUCUGGAUUCAUCACAGAGUUAGCUGCUCAGCAGAGAGCUUUGGUCAUAUUUGCUGAACAUAGGUACUAUGGAAAAUCAUUGCCGUUUGGCAAAGACUCCUUCAACAUCCCUCAGAUUGGCCUUCUGACAGUGGAGCAGUCCCUUGCUGACUACGCUGUCAUGAUCACUGAGCUGAAACAGCAGCUGGCAGCCACAGACUGUCCUGUCAUCGUGUUUGGUGGCAGUUAUGGUGGAAUGCUGUCGGUCUAUAUGAGACUCAAGUAUCCAAACAUUGUGGCUGGAGCUCUGGCUGCCAGCGCCCCCAUACUGUCCACUGCUGGCCUGGGAGACUCCCGGCAGUUUUUCAGAGAUGUUACAGCUGAUUUUGAGAGCGUUGCCCCUGAAUGCAGAGAUGCUGUGAGAGGCGCUUUCCAUCAGCUGAAAGAAUUAGCUGAACACCAAGAUUACAAUCGCAUCCAGUCAGAGUUCUCCCUGUGUAAGCCUCCAUCAUCUGCUCAGGACAUCCACCAGCUGAACGGCCUGCUGAGGAACGCCUUCACUCUUAUGGCAAUGCUGGAUUACCCCUACAGCACUCACUUCAUGGGCAACAUGCCCGCCAACCCUGUCAAGGUGGCCUGUGAAACCAUGCUGAGUGGAUCUGAUCUGCUCACCAACCUCAGGAAGACUGCAGGGAUUGUGUACAACGCUACCGGGGUGCUGACCUGUUUUGACCUGUACAGUCUGUAUUUGGAAUGUGCUGAUCCCACUGGCUGUGGACUGGGCUUCGCCAGCCUGGCCUGGGACUACCAGGCGUGCACAGAGAUUGAUCUGUGCUAUGAGAGCAACAAUGUGACGGACAUGUUUCCUCCCAUGGCCUUCACUGAGAGGGACCGCGAGCUUUACUGCUCCAAACGCUGGGCUGUGGUUCCACGACCAGACUGGCUCAAAACCCAGUUCUGGGGUGACGCCCUCGCCACAGCCAGCAACAUUAUUUUCUCCAAUGGAGAUCUGGACCCAUGGGCAAACGGAGGGGUGCGCAAGUCCUUGAGCUCAUCACUAAUAGCUGUCAACAUUUCUGGAGGAGCCCAUCAUCUGGAUCUGAGAGGGAGUAAUGAUGCUGAUCCAGUGUCAGUAAUCAGUGCCAGGAAGACAGAAGCAGACCUCAUCGCGCAGUGGGUGAACAUGGAGAGGACCAGAUUAAGAGUCCAUUUAAAGCACAGGCUCUGAGUUUGUUUCAGGACUUGAAUGCUCCAGACUGUUAGCAGCUAAUGGCAGUUAAAACCGCAGGCCUCGCGAAACGUUGUGAAGCUGCGGAGCAGGAACCGCAGGCAGCGCGGUCAGCACAAAGAACCCGCCAUGUCAAGUUAGCUGCUAACCAGCUAGCUGCUCGCCGUAGUAACGCCACAAACGGGCACUUUUUAUUUCUUUUCUUUGGCAGCAAACACGCAGCCUGAGCUCAGCUGCACACUGUGACUGACUCAAGUAACGGCACUACCCCUCCACUCAAAACGCUGCUAUAUCGCACAUUAUUGUUAAUUAAUAUUCGAAUAUAGUCGAUAUAUCACCCAGCCUAUUUCAGGUGAUUAUACAUGAAUUAAAACAUACUUCUGUUAUAUUUCAUUUGUGCCAAUAGCUCCUCCUAAAUGUUGCACGCUCGACCUUUCCUUUUCUAAUUGAUUCAUCAUUGACUGCCUUAUCAUUUUAGCUCUACAGCUGAUACCUUUUAGUAUUAGCAGGCUAUAGUGUGUAUUUGGUCAAGUGAGGGCUCCAGAAGCUAACACAUCCCACACACUGGCACAGUAGUUAGAAGAUCCAUGGAGCCAAUCCAAAUCCAGUUUACUAUUGCUUCCACUGUUUUAUGAUAAUUUGGCUAAAAUGAGACAGAUUAAUACAGGAGCUGCAUGUGACUGGAGGGUAGGUUAAUAUUUCAGGUUGUUGCACCACUUCUUUCACUCUGGCCUGUCGCUGCCAGCUGUCCCAUCUUGCUCCUUGCCGGGGAUUCACCACCUCUGCUAAAAGUGAAAGGGAAGUGGCUCCACUGGCCUCACUGUGUUCGGUUUCCAUUCAAGUACAUAAAACAACGUACCACCAUGAUGCAGACCUGCUGUGUUUCAUGAGUCAGUCAGACACAAAUGUUCUGUUUCUGUUAAAUAAAUAAAAUCUCUUUAAUUUCUUAGUUUUUUACAAAACUAAAGCCAAGCCAGCCUUUAUUAUACACCAGGUGACAACAAUACUUUUGUAUGUUUGUUUUUUAUUUCAAGCUUUCUCAAACACUUCAGGCUGAUGUAGGACAUGUUAGGUUUGACACACAAGACAAAAACACAGCGUCUGUAAGGAGGUCUUUGAAAAAUGUUAGUUACGGGAUUCUAAUUUCUACUCUAAUUUCUACAAAAAAUGUCAAAUCUUCAGUAGCGAUUCUGGUCCUCAGCACAGCAGAGUUGAAGAUACUUCACCAAAGAUCUACAAGCCCAACUCCGAAGCAGUUGGGACAGUAUGGAAAAUGCAAAUUAAAAAAAAGCAGUGAUUUCUCAA